AUGGCUUCCCUUCUUCCUGCACCACAAGUGUCCACGCCUCUUCUUCUCCAACUCGGCUCUUCUUCUUCUUCUAUAUGGUCCCUUUUCACCGUCAACCGCCCUUUCCUCAUUCAACCUCCAUAUUCAUCAUUAACCACCAUGGCAGUCCACACUCAAGGGCGUCUCCCCAUCUCCAGUUUCAAAACCCACAAUUUGGUUCCAAAAAGAGAAAAGACGGAGCUCGAGACCGAUGCCAUCUCCAUCCUCAACGAAAGGGUACGCCGUGACCACAGCAAGAGAGAGUCCAUACGGCCCGCAAUGGACUCGCAGGAGGCGGACAUGUACAUUCAGCUGGUGAAAGAGCAGCAGCAGAGGGGGUUGCAGAAGCUGAAAGGGGAUAGGGAGUUUAAGGAAGGAGGCGUCUUCAGCUACAAAGUUGAUCCUUACACGCUGCGUUCUGGGGAUUACGUCGUUCACAAGAAAGUGGGUGUUGGAAGAUUUGUUGGGAUUAAGUUUGAUGUUCCUAAGAGCUCAACUGAACCCAUCGAGUAUGUCUUUAUCGAGUAUGCUGAUGGAAUGGCUAAGCUUCCUGUUAAUCAGGCUGCUCGCAUGCUCUAUCGAUAUAAUCUCCCAAAUGAAACAAAAAAGCCUAGGACUUUGAGUAAGUUGAGUGAUACCAGUGCAUGGGAGAGGAGAAAGACCAAAGGAAAGGUUGCAAUUCAAAAGAUGGUUGUAGAUUUAAUGGAGCUCUAUUUACAUAGACUCAAACAAAAAAGACCUCCUUACCCAAGGAGUCCUGCCAUAGCCGAAUUCGCAGCUCAGUUUCCUUAUGAACCCACACCAGAUCAAAAGCAGGCUUUUAUUGAUGUAGAGAAAGACUUAACAGAGAGAGAAACUCCAAUGGAUCGAUUAAUAUGUGGAGAUGUUGGGUUUGGUAAAACAGAAGUUGCAUUACGUGCCAUCUUUUGUGUGGUGUCAGCAGGGAAGCAAGCUAUGGUGUUGGCACCUACAAUUGUUCUAGCCAAGCAACAUUUUGAUGUCAUUUCAGAAAGGUUUUCCAAUUAUCCUACUAUCAAAGUCAGACUUCUUAGCCGGUUUCAGGGUAAAGCAGAGAAAGAGGAGUAUUUGAACAUGAUAAAAAAGGGUGAUCUAGACAUUAUUGUAGGAACUCAUUCGCUUCUGGGAAACCGUGUUGUGUAUAAUAAUCUUGGACUGCUUGUAGUUGACGAGGAACAGAGGUUUGGCGUCAAGCAAAAGGAGAAGAUUGCUUCUUUUAAGACUUCAGUUGAUGUUCUUACGCUCUCUGCAACACCUAUACCCAGAACGCUUUAUUUAGCUUUGACUGGUUUCCGGGAUGCCAGUUUAAUUUCGACACCACCUCCAGAAAGGGUUCCUAUCAAAACCCGUCUUUCAGCUUUCAGUAAGGAAAGGAUCAUUGCAGCAAUUCAGUAUGAGCUGGAUCGUAGUGGUCAAGUUUUCUAUGUCUUACCCCGAAUUAAAGGAUUGGAAGAAGUGAUGGAUUUUCUUAAACAAUCAUUUCCAGAUGUUGAUAUAGCUAUUGCUCAUGGGAAGCAAUACUCCAAGCAACUUGAGGAAACCAUGGAGAAAUUUGCGCAGGGCGAAAUUAAGAUUCUUAUAUGCACAAAUAUAGUUGAGAGUGGGCUCGACAUUCAAAACGCAAACACUAUCAUAAUCCAGGAUGUUCAGCAAUUUGGCCUGGCACAAUUGUAUCAGUUGCGUGGAAGGGUUGGACGGGCGGAUAGAGAAGCAUAUGCAUACUUAUUUUACCCUGAUAAGUCCUUGCUAUCCGACCAAGCAUUGGAGAGGCUUGCUGCUCUUGAAGAUUUUCGCGAGCUUGGCCAAGGUUUCCAACUUGCAGAGAGAGACAUGGGUAUCCGAGGCUUCGGUACUAUCUUCGGUGAGCAACAGACGGGGGAUGUCGGAAAUGUCGGCAUCGAUCUUUUCUUUGAGAUGCUUUUCAAGAGUUUGUCCAAGGUUGAAGAAAACCGUGUAGUUUCAGUUCCGUAUCAGUCGGUGCAGAUUGAUAUUAAUAUAAACCCUCGUCUCCCCUCCGAGUACAUAAAUUAUUUGGAGAACCCCAUGGAAAUCAUUAAUGAAGCUGAGAAAGCAGCUGAGAAAGAUAUCUGGAGUUUGAUGCAAUUUACAGAGAAUCUUCGCCGUCAAUUUGGAAAAGAGCCUUAUUCCAUGGAAAUUCUUUUGAAGAAGCUUUACGUGAGGCGAAUGGCAGCAGAUCUCGGGAUAAGCAGAAUCUAUGCUUCGGGAAAGAUGGUUGGCAUGAAAACCAAUAUGAGUAAGAGAGUUUUCAAGCUGAUGACAGAAUCCAUGGUAUCCGAUAUGCACCGGAAUUCUUUGAUUUUCGAGGGAGACCAAAUAAAGGCAGAACUACUUCUCGAGCUGCCACGAGAGCAACUGCUAAAUUGGAUCUUUCAGUCCUUGGCAGAGCUUCAUUCUUCACUUCCUGCUCUCAUUAAAUAUUAGAUAUGCUUAUAGAGCGUGGUAUAUUUCACUUGCUGCUGGUUGCUUCAUUUACCGUGAAGAUCAAAGAUUGCAUAGUUGCACUGAAGCACUCGGAACUUUUUCGAAAUGAAGCACAUAAUCUCUAUGCUCCACUGACAUUUUGGUCCCUUGUAUAAACCACAUGAAUACGUAGGAAUAUAGCAUCGGAGGCGGUAGGAUCCGAUGAGGAUCGCAUUGCUUUUUUGAGGCAAGAAAAUCGAGAAAUUUCCCAGUUUUCAUUGUAAUUAGUGUAGCUUUUGGUUAACUCUCCUUAUGAAGGUCAAAUAUGGUUGCAACAGUAAGCAAGCCGACUUCCUCGUGCUUACGCACGCUUUCGUGCUCGAGAGGUCGUCUUUCCUCCGAUCCGAUGAUGCUACGUCUAAGGCAAUGCAUGUUUCAAGAGACUCAUCAUUCAUGCUGCUCCUAGUAUUUACUUCGAAGCUGGAAGUGGUAUGCAUAAUUUUGCUCUGUAUUCUUUUGAAACUGAACAUUUACAGAUGCUUAUGCGA